AUGGGCAAAUCUCAGUCAAAGCUCUCCCCAGAACAGCUCUCCGACCUCCAGAAGAACACCUACUUCGAUAAACGCGAGCUGCAACAAUGGUACAAGGGCUUUGUGAAAGACUGCCCCGCCGGUCAACUCGACAAGACCGAGUUCUCGCGAAUAUACAAGCAGUUCUUCCCGUUCGGUGACCCGGGAGAGUUCUCCGAAUACGUCUUUGACGUCUUUGAUGUCAAUAAGAACGGCACCAUCGACUUCAAGGAGUUUAUCUGCGCGUUGUCUAUCACCUCUCGCGGUUCUCUAGACGAGAAGCUCCGAUGGGCCUUCCAACUAUAUGAUAUUGAUAAGGACGGGACGAUCACGUACCAGGAGAUGCUUCAGAUUGUGCAGAGUAUCUACAAGAUGACCGGUGAGAUGGUCAAGCUACCGCCAGACGAGGACACGCCCGAAAAGCGCGUGGACAAGAUCUUCAGGAAUAUGGAUAAGGACAACAACUCAAGUCUGACGUACGAAGAGUUUGUGGAAGGUAGCAAGCAGGACCCGACGAUCGUACAGGCAUUAUCUCUCUAUGAUAACUUGGUAUAA